ACCAAUUCUGAAUAAAAUAAAAGAAUGGCGCAUUUUUCAGUAGUUUCACUCACCCAAGUUGUUUUGCUGUUGAUUUUCAUCUGCUGGACGUCGAGUUCGACUGGCGCUGCCUUUUCCUUGGAGGAAGAAUUCCUACAACUGAAAGGAAAUUAUAUUCUAAUGAAACAAGACGUGACAAGUUUGAAAUCGACAGCGAUUGAACAGCAGUCAAAAGUGACACAACUGGAGGCGCAACUUGAAGUAAAUAAUGAAUUGAGACAAGAUUUGGCAUUGAAAGUAACUCAAUUAGAGGCCAAAAAUGUCCAACUGGAAGUCAAAAUUGGAAAACUGGAGGCCAAAGUUGAACAACAAGAUUCGCUUUUGACUUCCCUUUCACGUGAGAAAAAUGAACGCACUGCAGCAGCACCCAACCCUGUUUCAAUUAACAAUAAUCAAUCGGCUGUUGCCAUCACGGGACUGCCGUCUUCAUGCGCGGAUCUCAAAAUGAUUGGCCACAUGUGGAGUGGAUUUUAUUCCGUCAUGGGAUCGGCGAUGAUGGAGUCCGUUUACUGCGAUUUCACUAAACUCCCUAGCGAUGCGGGUUUUCAAAAAUGGAUUGGAUACGCCGACGUCAAAUCGGCGCCCGUCCAUUUCUACGUCCAGAGAAAUUCUUCAUUUGACACAACUGGAACUCCGAUUCCGUUCGAUUUGGCGUUGGUGAACGAGGGAAAUGCCAUGGAUUUGACGUCAGGGAAAUUCACGGCCCCACGACCAGGAAUUUAUUUUUUCUCUUUCACGGGAACGGCGCGUCUUGCAUCUUCAUUUUCUGUUGAUUUUUAUUCUCAUCUUUAUUUGAACGGGAAUUCAAUCGGGUCGUGUCAUGUUGACCAUAAUAACGGCCCCGUUUCUCAAUAUAGUCCGCUGUCCCUCCAGUCGACGCUGAACCUGAAAAAAGGCGAUCAACUCUGGAUGCAGAUAAUAUAUUAUGGGAGUUCAUCCUCGUUUUUGUUUGACAACGGUAACCACCACACCCAUUUCACGGGUUUCAUGUUGGAGGAGGAAAUUGUCGCGUCCCUUUGAGGUUUGGACUUCAACAUCCAAAAUUCGCAAAAUCAUCGACGACACAAAAGGGAAGAUAAUGCAUUCGACUCUAAUUCAUUUAGGAAUGCCUGGACAAUUCUUUACCAAAAUUGAAUUGUAGAUGCAAUUACACUUAGUGAAUACACUAACCAAGUUUCAAAAUUCUAUCUGCAAAACUCUAGACGUUAAUACAAACGAAAAAACAAUUUUGAUUGCCCGAUUGACAAAA